CGAGCUGUGACGAAACCGCAACUGCAACCAAUCGUUUUGGUUUGGCGGGCGGAUUUGAAAUACAACCACAGAAGUUCUGGACUGCGGAAGUGAGUGCAACAAUGUAAACUGGCUCGUGGUUAUUUCAUCGCUUAAAGUAGUUUUGGAAAUAGUUUCUUAAUAAAAACAAAAGACAAAGACACAAUCCACUUCAUUUGCCUACUCAACGUUCGUCUCGCACGCUCUGCGCCAUGGAAGCCACACCGAACCUGCUCAACUUGUUGGAAAACAUGCGUGCGUACGCGGAUCUACUGCUCAGCGAGGGAGUCGAGCCGCAGUUCCUGCAGAUGGCCAUGUGCUUUGAGCGCUGCCGUGGCCAAUGGCUUCGUGUGGAAGAGGAGCUUGGCGGCUGCCGAGAGAUGCUAACCAAAGCCGAAACUGAGCGGGGGGCACUGGAGGUUAAGCUGAAGCACGCUCGCAACCAGGUAGACGUGGAGGUCCGACGCCGACAGAAGGCCGAGGCAGAGUGCGAGAAACUGGAUCGUCAGAUCCAGUUGAUUCGGGACCUUUUGGUCUGUGAGGGAUCUACCAGCCUGCAGCUUAACGAGGAGCAGCGGUCUGCUUUGGCCUUUCUGAAUGCUCGGACUCGCACAUCCAACCUUAACAACAGUCGAAGGCUGACAACCAUUGAUGAGUCAACAUCCAUCCUGUCAGAUAUCAGCUAUGAUAAAACUGAUGACUCUCUGGACUGGGAUUCCUCCGCAAUCCGCACAGUCAGGCUGAGGAAGAGACAGAAAAGACGCUCCUCACGCCUACAUGUGGAAGGUCCUUCAGAUGGUCCAAAGAGAUCCCGCUCAACUGGUCGCAAGUCCGAAAAGGCAAAUGAGUCCAUUGUGGCAAAGACCACUCUGACCGUGCCUGCUGAUGGUGGCCCGAUUCAGGCAGUAUCCACUAUUCAAGCCAUCCCCUACAGAGUCCACGGCACCAGGAAUGCUGUUCACUGGGAAACAGACACAGACACGCUGUCUUGUGUGAGUGACGCCCCCAGCGCCCCACCCAGUGUGGUCUGCACCCCCACCCCUGCCAAAGCCAGCAUCCCACAGAAAGCCCAUGCCUUCGUCUCCAAAACGGUCAUCAAGCCUGAGAGCUGCAUACCAUGCGGCAAGAGGAUCAAGUUUGGCAAGCUGUCUUUGAAGUGCCAGGUCUGCCGAGUGGUGGCGCAUGUUGAAUGCCGUGAGAAAUGCCCUCUACCCUGCAACCCCAUAAGCUCUGCCACACCAACUAAGAAUGUUGAGGGCAUUCUGAGUGAUUAUGUUCCAUCCCAUGGACCUAUGAUCCCACAGCUGGUCAUCCAGUGUGUCAGCGAGAUUGAGCAGAGGGGACUGCGUGAGACUGGUCUCUACCGUAUUUCGGGUUCUGACCGCGUGGUACGGGACCUGAAGGAGCGUUUUAUGCGUGGGGGCAACAGUGUUCCCCCUCUGGGCCGUGUUGACGACAUCCAUGCAGUCACUGGCCUGCUCAAGGACUUCCUGCGCAAGCUCAAGGAGCCCCUGCUCACCUGCCGGCUCAACCGUGCCUUCAUGGAGGCUGCAGAAAUUCUUGAUGAGGACAACAGCAUAGCGGCAAUGUACCAGAAUAUCAGUGAUUUGCCCCAGCCCAACCGAGACACUCUGGCCUUCCUGAUUCUGCAUCUGCAACGGGUGGCCCUGAGUCCAGACACUAAGAUGGACAACACCAACCUGGCCAGAGUUUUUGGCCCCACUAUCGUCGGCCAUGCUGUUACCGACCCCGAUCACAUGACCCUCCUGACGGAUACUCAGCGUCAGCCCAGGGUGGUGGAGAGGCUCCUCAGCCUUCCUGCGGAGUACUGGCGCCAGUUCCUGAUGGCGCAGGACAAUGUGCUCCUAGGCAGUACCAAUGGCAAUCAUGGCUACCACACUCCAGAACAAAAAGUGAGUAUUCUGGGGCCGGUGACGACACCGGAGCAUCAGAUGAGUAAGACUCCAUCCUCCAGCUCACUCUCCCAGCGCGUCAAGUCCACCCUCAGCACUCCCAUUUUUGGAAGCAGGAGUAAGGCAUCUGCUGGCCUUGGUCGGCAGGGCAACUUCUUCUCCUCCCCCAUGCUGAAGUGAGGAACUCCCACGGACCAAAGCUGGAGGCACCACUGUAGAUCCUGCCAGCACUUUAUCCUACUAUGCAAAACACUCCAAGCUGCCAGAUAUUUACCAGCCUAUUAUAUACAUAUUUGAUACUAUAUUUUAACACCUUUUUUUUAACAAUCAUGUUUUAUUACUUCCUACUUUUAUUUAUGACUAAUGUUUUAUAUUGAAUCUUGGUCCGGAUGAGAUAUUGAUUAACCAAGGAGCUGCAAACCUCUGGUUAAUUAAAACCAUCUGAGAGCUUGCCAUUUAAAGAAAUGUUGUAUGUUAAAAAAAUAUGUGGCAUUCCUUUACUUUAAAAAAAAAAAUCUUAUAAGAUGCAACAUUUUAUUUGUUGUCGUGUGCAAUGUUGGCUAGUUUUUGCUACUUUUAUGCAACCUUACACUGCAGUGUUUGAAUGGGAAAGAAAGCUACCUAAAACUAUUUUGUGUCUUUCAAUUGGCAGAAUGUGAUUGAGGAAACACAUCUAUUCAAUAUUCCUACUCAAUUUUUCCUACUCAAAGUUCUGAGCUCAAUCUUAUAACAAGUAGUUGAAACAAAAAAGGAAUUAUGGUUAUGUAGAGCUAACAUCAAAGAGCUACUAGGAGUCUUUCAGGGUAAUUGACCUAUGUUACCACGGUGAUCAUCCUUUUCAGGCUCUGAGGAAACCAGUGAAUAAUCUGAGGAAAUUAACAUCAUGGAACUGUUCUGUGAUUAUGUGAUUUUGAUCACAGAAUCACAAAAAUAAGUUUGAUUUCUGUGUUUUUGUUUUUUAAUGUGUGGUGAAACAUUUGGGAUGUGCAAUGUUUUCCCUUGUCUGUAAAGUGGAAUGGGGAUUUUUCACUUGUUUUCUGUUAAAAAUAUCAGUAAUUGUUGCUUGUAUCUCAACUAUAUUUCCUUUAUAAUCAUGCAACUAACAUUUAAGGAUUUCUGUUGUGAUGACUCCAUGACUAAUGCUCGUGUAGCUAUAUCGUAUCUAUACAUUGGUCUAGUCUUGUAUUGAUCGUUGCUGCUCUGACAAAUUCUGAAAUACUUUGAAAUACAAAUGUAUGGUUGGAAAA